CUCGAUUAGGUAGGGACAGCUCUAAGCUUAUAAGACAGCGAGCACAGCCCCCCGGCUGACCAAUAGUCGCGAAACUGUGAUUGCGUGCCUUGUGUCGCGUGCAGACGACCGCUAAUUAGCUCGUGGAACGACGCGUGAUCCCUGCGCACAAGCUCGAGAAACAGAUCGGGUUAAGCGAUUCGAAAGCGAUCGAGAGACGCGAGCCGAGAUAGCCGACACUUUCGACGAAGAAGACGCACACAGAGAGAGAGACAGAGAGGAAAAGAGAGAGAAAGAGGCAGUGGUAAAAAGAGUGACAUCGGGUGGUGGCAUCGAAGGGCGCCGAUCGCACAGACAAUUGAGCUUCGUCGAGGACGAAGGGGGCUGCAAAGUACAAGUGCAACGAACCACCUGUUCCCUUUCUUUUUUCUCGGAAGAGGCUGCCGGACACUAAUUGCAGGACUUGAGGUUGCUCGAUAAAGAGGAUCGAGGGAAUGACGGGAAGGUCCAGCGCGAAACCGACGGGCUUGUGUCUCCUGGCACUGUUACUAUUCUGCAUCUGCAAACGCGACGUUAUGGUCGCCGCGCAGAUCGGCCCGAUACCGUCGGAGUUGCUCUACGACAGCGAGGCUUUCCUCAAGAACACCGAGAACUAUAUUAUGCUGAACAAGCUGAGGCAGAUGGAAGAGGAGAAGAAGGACAUCGACGAGCGAAAGAAGGAGCUGGACGUGAUGGAGGAGUACAUAAUCGAAUCGUUCGAGGCCAGGAAGGACAAGGCUGCGCCGAGGGUUCCGCCGGCUGGUUACUCGCCCGAGGAACUUCCAACCCCUAACGCCGUCGUCAGAGAGCUGCAGCGCGCAGGGAAACGAACCGAGCUCACCUACAUGACGCUGUGCCACUUCAAGAUCUGCAACAUGGGCCGCAAGCGGCAGCUGCACAAGUAAACCGGGCGCGGAGGUCGUUCGCACCCUUCGCCUCGGACACCCAAGCGAGACACGCGUGCCACCGGAAGGGAAUUUCGCGGGGAAACCAUCAUCGAGAGAAGAGACCACGUCGCGGGAAAUCGAACCGCUCGGCCCGUUUCAGCCUCGGACGACCGGCCCAAAGGACGCCGUUGCGUCGGAAACACUCAGAAAUCACGUCGGGAACCGCCGGAUUGGCUCCGUUGGAAUUUUUGUUGGCCCGAAAGGUCCUUUGGAGGCCCAAAGGUCGCGGCGACGGGACCGCGGGCGAUGUCCGAGCGCGGAAAGUCCCGAGCGGCCUUGCUCGCGCGUCGUCGUUGUCGUUCUCCGGAACGUUUCGGGCCCGUUUCGAAGAGCCGCCGGCGCGAAUCGCGACCGAGAUGUAAAUAAUGUAUCGGCGGACCCGUUCGUAUCGGGCCGUGAAACCGGCGGACACGUUCUCCGACUGGCUCGGACACGUGGACUCCGCUCCUCCAUGGAAGACGGCCGGAGACGGACGGGACCCGCGAGAGCGACGUAUAUAUUUUUCAUUGUUACUCCGGCGCGCGGCGUUCGGGGCGGCGAGGUGAACCGCGGCUGCUUCAUGUUACGAGACCGGCUGUAAACGUUGCGCGAGGCGUCGCGGAAAUUUAUAGGCGAGCGGCGACGGCGGCGAGAUUGAACCGUCGGCGAGAUGCCGGGGCGAGGCGUCGGAACAACGGGAACACCGUCGUCGGUCAAUUGGCUCAAUAUCGCGUCGCGAGCAAGAUGAUUGCUCGCGAUUAGAAAAAGGAUGACGCAAACUAGGCUCGGGCCCGAAACGAAAACAAAAUAGUAUUCCCCUCGCCGCGUUGACGCACGAAUCGCCGCCUCGACAUUGCGCGCGUGGCGAGACUCCGUUCGAUUGAUAAAAGUGUCCGCGAACAGCGGCGACGUCGACGAAGGCAAAACGUUUGUCCGCCGGUCUUCGGAUCGGACGCGCGCGCGCGUUUCGCUUCUAGUAUUCAACAGUAUAAUCGUUUAAGAUCCGGUGAUCGAGGACACUGCAUUCGCGCACGGGAAUCGAAUGAUCACCGGGACGACUACUUUCUUCGCUCGCGAAUCGAGAAUAAUAGGGGUAGGAAUAUUAGAACGGGGAGAAUGGCGGGAACGCGGGUGGUGGAUAACGGAGGAGGGAGAGGCGCGUUCGAUUUGCGCGGGGGUGAAGUGUCCUCGACGUGCCAUUUAGGAUUCGUAAAUGGCGAAUAGGUAUUUAUUAUUCGGUAGCUUUAAGCGAGAAGGAUGCACGGGCCAGGGCUGCGAACGAAUUUCUCGAGAAACGAAUGAAACGAGGAAGAGACGAACGAGACCGAAAUAACGAUUAUUGCGAUCCGAGAGAGAGAGAGAGAGAGAGAGAGAGAGAGAGAGAGAGAGAGAGAGAGAGGGAUGCGAGGGUAAACCGGCGACUAAUUCUUUCACAGCGAGACACUGACCACGCGGCUUUUCCUUUGCGUUGCACGCGCCUCGAUGCAGAUAUAUGUCUCCCCUAACUGGCGCUCGGAUUGUACAGGAAUUUGCACAGAAAUAGACAGACAAUUUGGGAACAGAAGAUAGGAUUAUUCGAGCCUUGUAGCUCGCUUCUUUUUUUAUAGUUGUCGACAAUUCGU